AUGCACACAAAGUCCCACACGAAGACGGUCGUCGUCCUGGGCGGUUCCUAUGGAGGCUCCAGAGCCGCCCAAAUUCUUGCAGAGGGUCUGCCGCAGGGUUGGAGAGUUGUUUUAGUUGAUAGAAAUUCACAUUUGAAUCAUGUUUAUAACUUUUCUAGAUACGCUGUUCUCGCCGGCCACGAGCAUAAAGCAUUUAUUCCAUACAAUAAUCUUCCCUCUAGUUCUCUUCCAGACAUUCCUUCAUCUUCGUCUCAUGUUCGCGUGCAAGCAACCAUCACCUCCAUAGACAAGCAUUGCAUCACCCUCUCUCCGAAUCUACCAGAUCACGAACAACAACAAUCAUCCCUAGACUUCAACUAUGCUAUUUAUGCUCUCGGUUCCCACUUGCCUUCGCCAAUAGACCUCUGGAGUCACAAAAGAGAAUGCGGAGUGAAACCGAGUUUGGAACCACCAGGACUCGGAAUAUCAACAUAUGGAGGAACGAAGUCGGAGGGUAUCUCAUCCCUCCGAGAACGCCAGAAACGCGUCGAGGCUGCCACAUCUGUGCUGGUCGUAGGUGGCGGCGCGCUUGGUAUCCAGUUUGCAUCCGACAUCGCUGCCGUGUACCCGCAAAAGCGAGUCACACUUCUGCAUUCCCGACAUCGUUUGUUGCCAAAGUUCGAUGACACAAUGCAUGAAGAAGCCCUUCAGGGUCUGCAGGAGUUGAAUGUUCGGGUCGUUCUCGGAGAGCGACUCGAUUUUGAGUCUCUCCGACAUAUAUCCGCUACGAAAGGGUCUUCAGAGCCACGCAUAGUGCGGACUCUAUCAGGGCAGGAAAUAUCUGCCGACCUACUGCUCCUAUGUACUGGUCAAAUACCGAACACGGGGCUCCUUCGGGAUAUGGACCCUCGUACCAUAGUCCAAGAAACCGGACUGGCAUCCGUUCUGCGGACUAUGCAGCUUCAUGUCCCACCACCUACUCCUGAGCCUCAUGAUUUUGAGGCAGAUACCGAUGAUGAUCCACCCCACGAAACACUAUACCCAAAUAUUUUCGUCGUGGGCGAUGCAGCAGACGCGUUUGAUGCAAUCAAAGCUGGACAUACAGCUUAUUACCAAGCGGAGGUCGCCGCGAGGAACAUCCUACGGCUCAUUUAUCGAGAUGAGAAAUUUGGGAUUGCGGUCGAGAACGGCCUAGACUCAGAACUCGAGGAAUACGCGCCUGGCCCACCAGCCAUCAAAGUAACCCUCGGCUUGACGAAGUUGGUAUAUGAGGUGGACGGGGUUGUGGGCACGAAGGAUGAUGGUGUCGAGGAUCUGAAUGCUGCUGUUAUGUGGGCAGCGUGUGGGAUGCGGGAUGUGAGUGAGGAGGAUAUGUUUGCGUAG